CAGGUGAAGGCACCAAAAUGAACCCGCUGACCAAAGUGAAACUGAUCAACAAGUUGAACGAGCGUGAAGCCGAGUUGGGCGUGCAAGAGAAAGUCUCCUGGCAUGCUGAGUACAGUGACAGCGCAUGGGUGUUUGUGGGGGGGAUGCCAUAUGAGUUGACCGAAGGAGACAUUAUCUGUGUAUUUUCACAGUACGGGGAAAUUGUGAACAUCAACCUGGUACGUGAUAAGAAGACGGGGAAAUCCAAAGGCUUUUGCUUCAUUUGUUAUGAGGAUCAGCGAAGCACCAUUCUUGCUGUGGACAACUUCAAUGGGAUAAAGAUCAAAGGAAGGACAAUUCGUGUGGACCAUGUGGCUAACUAUCGCCCUCCCAAAGACUCUGAGGAUAUUGAUGAGAUAACAAAAACGCUCCGGGAAAAAGGAUGCGGUGUUAAAACACCUCCUCCCAGUUCACCUGAAUCCUCAGAAGACGAGGAAGUAGAAGUGAAGAAGCACAAAAAAGAAAAAAGCAAGAAGAAGAAAAAAGAAAAGAGAGAGCAUCGGAAACGUGUGAAAGAGGAACUGCCCACACAUGUACCAUCUACUAAAACCAAGAUCAAAGUGGAGAAGGAAGAUCCAGGCUAUGAACAGUAUGCUAGUGCAAAUCAGAAAACCCUUAGUGCAUCUGGGCACAAACAUGCCAACUGGGCACAAGGACAAGAAUUCAAGUAUGAGCGUUCGAGAGAGAGAUCACGAGAGAGGUGCUGGCAGAAUCACAGGGAGGGGUCACGAGAGAGGGGCCAGCAGGAUCACAGAGACGGGUCACGAGAGAGGGGCCAGCAGGAACACAGAGACAGGUCACGAGAGAGGGGUCGGCAGGAUCACAGAGAUAUGUCACAAGAGAGGGGCCGGCAGGAACAUAGGGAUUGGUCACGAGAGAGGGGCUGGCAGGAGCACAGAGAUGGGUCACGAGAGAGGGGCUGGCAGGAGCACAGAGAUGGGUCACGAGAGAGGGGCUGGCAGGAGCACAGAGAUGGGUCACGAGAGAGGGGCUGGCAGGAGCACAGAGAUGGGUCUCGAGAGAGGGGCCGGCAGGAUCACAGAGAUUGGUCACUAGAGAGGGGUUGGCAGGAUCACAGAGAUGUGUCACAAGAGAGGGGCCGGCAGGAUCACAGAGAUUGGUCACGAGAGAGGGGUCGGCAGGAUCACAGAGAUUGGUCACGAGAGAGGGGUCGGCAGGAUCACAGAGAUUGGUCACGAGAGAGGGGUCGGCAGGAUCACAGAGAUGUGUCACGAGAGAGGGGCCGGCAGGAUCACAGAGAUGUGUCACAAGAGAGGGGUUGGCAGGAUCACAGAGAUGUGUCACGAGAGAGGGGCUGGCAGGAUCACAGAGAUUGGUCACGAGAGAGGGGUCGGCAGGAUCACAGAGAUGGGUCACGAGAGAGGGGCUGGCAGGAUCACAGAGAUGGGUCUCGAGAGAGGGGCCAACCGGAUCACAGAGAGGGCUCGAGAGAGAGGGGCACAGAGCGAGGCUGGCCAAAUCAGAGAACAUCUCGUGGUCACAGUGAGGAGAAGCAUAAGAAGGUGGAUGGUAGAGUCAGAGCAGCAGAAAGUGGGAGAUCCCGUGAGCGAUGGGAGACCAGUGACAAGCCUUCCAGGGAGAAGGAGUCUUCCAGGCGCUGCUAACCUGCUUUGUCCUUCCUCACAAGUGCAAAGAGACACAAGGGGAGGUGUACUUACUGGAGCGCCAGCUCUAUGAAAGGAGCAAGCAAACACUAGCAACUGGAAAGGCUUCUGAUUGAGUUGGAAAUUGAUUUUCUCUGCUGGUUUGUGCUGCUCUGCUUGGCGAUAAGAGGCCCAAGGACUGAAUCUUUCUGGUUCACUUGCCUGGACAUAGGAUAUACGCUAGGGACCACCUUCAUCUUGACACUUUGGUCAGAAUGGUGUGGCUUGGCAUCUUUUAAAAAACAUGUUAUGUACAAGCUAAGAUUUCAUAAAUAUGCUUUGAACAGUUG